AUGCUCCGCCGCGUCGCUCCGUCGCUCCGCCGAGCCCUCGCCUCGUCCACGGCCCCCCUCCGCGGCGCGCCCCUCCCGUCUCCGCACGCCCAAUGGCGUCGCUGUGCUUCCGCCGCCGCGUCCGCAUCCUCCUCGUCGCUCCCGCCGCCUCCCCCGUCCCCGCCUCAAGGCCCGCCGCGGCACGGGGGCGGAGGAUCCUCCACCUCGUCGCUGAACCCCGCUGAGGUGGCCAAAUUCGCCUCCAUCGCCGAGACCUGGUGGGAUUCCCAAGGUCCAUUCAAACCAUUGCACUUGAUGAAUCCAGCACGGCUAUCUUUUAUCCGCUCCACACUCUGUAGACAUUUCAGGAGGGAUCCAUAUUCAGCUAAGCCACUUGAAGGUCUUAAACUUAUCGAUGUCGGAUGUGGAGGUGGCAUUCUCUCAGAGCCUCUUGCUCGAAUGGGAGCUACAGUUACUGGGAUUGAUGCUGGUGACGAGAAUAUAAAGAUUGCACAUAUUCAUGCCGCAUCUGAUCCAACAACUGCUUCCAUUGAGUAUUGCUGCACAACAGCUGAGGAUUUGGUAAAAGAGAACAGGCAAUUUGAUGCUGUAAUUUCCCUUGAGGUGAUUGAGCACGUUGAUAAUCCUCUGGAGUUCUGCAAAUCUCUAUCGGCCUUGACAGUUCCCAAUGGCGCCACUGUUCUUUCUACCAUUAAUCGGUCAAUGAGAGCAUAUGCGACUGCCAUCAUUGGUGCUGAAUAUAUUCUCAGAUUGCUUCCUAUAGGCACGCAUGAGUGGUCCAAACUAGUCACCCCCGAGGAGCUAGUCCUAGCGCUGCAAAGAGCCUCGAUCUCUGUAGAAGAAAUGUCAGGGUUUGUCUAUAAUCCGUUUACUCAAGGGUGGUCUCUGUCUGAUGAUAUUAGUAUAAAUUACAUUGCUUAUGGCAUCAAAAAAAAGUGAAACACCGUCAACGAUUUCACAGUAGCAAGAUAAUGGGUGGAGAAAGGAUCGUCUGUGCACCUUUGGAACAUUUCUUGGAAGCAAAACUUAUGCAACUCCAUAUUUUAUCAGGGAUCUCACAAUCAAGUAGCACCAAGAAGAGAUUGUCCUUUUGCGUUA